GCCAAUUUAAAUAUUAUUGUAAGCAAGGUAUUUUGUAAUAUUGUUGAAUCGGUGUAUUUAUUAAAAAAAAUUGUUAGUCAUGUCAUCACGUUAUAAAAGAUAUCGGUCAAGUACAAAUAAUGAAGCAUCGACUUCAUCACGAAGGUGGAAAGAAGAGAAAAAUCCACAAGAAAAAUGGAAAAGGUUUCAACACCCUCCCGGACUACGAGGUAAAGAAAUCGGUUUGUGGCAUGCAAGACGUAAUAAAAUGAGGAGAGAAAAAGAAAGAAAUACGUUUAAACCACUAGGUUCUGUUUAUAUAUCAGAUUUUAAAAAACGACAGAUCCAACAAUUAAUUUGUAGUACAGAAGAAAAAGUGUUAUUUAUACCAGACGGGCAAUCGUAUGAUCACGUUGAAGAUUCCUAUUUUAAACGUAAGUUUUUAUCCAAUAUAAACGGAAGUAUAAUUGAAAAAUUAUGUAAUUCUAGUAGUCAAAUCAUACGGAAUCCGGAAUUAGAUGUUAAACUUCUCAACGAACAAUUAAUGAAACUUGAUGAACCGCAGUUUAUUAUACUGAAAGAAAAGAGGGUCAAACUUCCGAUUUAUACUAAAAAAGACGAUUUAUUGAAGUUAAUUAACGACAAUCAAGUUAUUUUAGUUAGCGGAGAAACCGGUUGUGGUAAAACCACCCAAGUAGCGCAAUAUAUACUAGACGAUUACAUAAGUAAUACGAAGGGUUCGCUUUGUCGUAUUAUCUGCACCCAACCUAGACGUAUAAGCGCCGUAUCAGUAGCGGAGAGGGUGGCUGAAGAGAGAAGUGAACCCCUAGGACAAAGCGUAGGUUACCAAAUACGGUUAGAAAAAAAAUUACCACGAGACCAAGCUUCCAUAUGUUUCUGCACGACGGGCGUGGUACUCAAACAAAUGGAAAGCGACCCAUCGCUUUCCACAGUUUCCCAUCUAAUCCUCGACGAGAUCCACGAACGCGCGGUCGCCUCCGAUUUUUUGAUCGCUCUGUUAAAGGAAGUGAUAAAAAAACGACGGGAUCUGCGGAUCAUUCUGAUGAGCGCCACUUUGAAUUCCGAAUCGUUUUCCAGGUACUACAAUAACUGCCCUCGAAUCGUUAUACCGGGGUUCACGUAUCCCGUGGAGGAGUUCUAUUUGGAAGACGUGUUGCAGUUGACCAAUUUCAAGUUUCCGAAAGACAAAAAUAAAUAUCGGCGGGACGCGGACACCGAAUUUCGGGAUUUUAUUUUACCGUACGUGCGGGUUUUGUCGUCGGAAAGAAAAUACGAUCCGUGGGUGUGCGAACAACUCAAAAAUAGCGAAAGCGAACAUUUGAAUUUGGACUUGAUAUUCGAAUUGUUGUCGUACAUUUGCCGCAGCUGUAAAGAUACGGGGGCCGUGCUAAUUUUCGUCACCGGUUUCGCGGAAAUAUCGGAUUUGAAUAAAAAAAUUAAAAAUUCGUCGCUAUUUCCCGCCGGGAAGUAUUUAGUUGUACCGCUACAUUCCCAGAUGCCUACCGUCGACCAGAAGCAAAUUUUCCAGCCGGCUCCGGAGGGGAAAAGGAAAAUUAUCAUUUCCACUAAUAUAGCGGAAACUUCCAUUACUAUAAACGACGUUAUUUACGUUAUAGAUUGCGGGAAAAUAAAAAUGACGGAUUUCGAUACAAGUACGAACACUCAAACUUUGAAAUCUAAUUGGGUGAGUUUAGCGAAUUCGGAACAGCGCAAAGGACGCGCCGGACGAGUGAAACCGGGCGUUUGCUACCAUUUAUAUACGAAAGGUAGAAAAAAUUUAUUGGAACGUUACCAAAAACCGGAAAUUUUACGUAUUAGAUUAGACGGUACGAUAUUGCAAGCGAAAAUAUUGCAGCUCGGUAAAAUAAACGAUUUUUUCCCAACUUUAAUGAACCCCCCCAGCGCGGAAUCGCUGGAUCUAGCCCUAAAUCUGUUGAUGAGAUUGAACGCUUUGGACGAAAACGAAAAUUUAACGCCGCUAGGUUACCAUUUAGCCAGAUUACCAAUAGCGCCCCAAAUCGGUAAAAUGGUCCUAUUCGGCGCUAUAUUCAGUUGUUUGGAUCCGGUUUUAUCCAUAGCGGUGUCGUUGGAUUUCAAAGACGCUUUUCAAAUUCCUCUCGGCAAAGAAAAAGAAGCGGACGCUAAACGACGACAUCUAGCGGCCGAUUCGCUCAGCGAUCACCUAGUGCUCAGUACGGUUCUGGAGGCGUACGAAUCGACGCCGGAUCCGACGUCGUUUUGUCGGGAAUAUUUUUUGAGCGCGAACACGUUGGAUCUAUUGAAAAAGAUGAAACGCGAUUUUAUGAGGUUCCUCUUCGAUUUGGAAUUCGCGUUCGAUCUGAGCCCGAGGAAUUUGGUGAAUAACGUCAAUUCGAAAAAUUUUAGUUUGGUGAAGGGGGUGGUUAGCGCGGGUCUGUAUCCGAACGUGGCCGUGGUGAAGCAGACCAAACACGGGAGGGUGAAAUGUUUUUCCUCGAUGGACGGGGAAUCGACGUAUCACCUGCAUAUGAAAUCUACGUUGGAGAACGUCAAGUUUUUCCCGUCGCCGUUGCUCGUCUUCUACCUCAAAAUGAAGACGACCAAGGAAUAUAUUUUCGACGCUACGAUGGUGUAUCCGCUGCCGUUGAUCUUUUUCGGGGAUCGGUACGGCGGCGCCGCCGCGCCGGAUAAUCAGUUUUGUUUAACUAUCGCCGAGCAUUUGCGGUUCGCCAGCGACAGAUCGACGCGGGAAGUUGUCACCGAUUUAAGGUGCAGAUUGAAUCGGUUUUUGGAGUUUAAAAUUACUCAUCCCGGUGUAGUCGAUUGGAGCGGCGACGACGAUAAUGAUGAUGAUGAUAAUUUGAGGGUUUUACGCGCCAUCGUCGAAUUGAUAACGAACGAAGAUAUCGGACACGUAAAUUUAAUUGAUUCCGAUGACGACGAUUGAAUUUGUUUGUAAUCGUUCUUAUUUUUCAUAUUGAAACCUCCAAUUUUCCUAUAUUUGAUAUUGUUUAUUCGAAAUUUGAAAAUAUAUGUUGUUUUCACCACC